UUGAAGUUGUGUUUUAAAAGGAACAGCAGAGGCACGGGAUACAAGAACGUCAGAAGACAGUACAUAUAGCCCAGGGUUCAGCUGAAGAUGAAGGUCUUGCCAGUCGUUCUACUGAUUUUGGCCUUUGGCCUAAUCUCAGAUGCUGUGAUUGUUCAUGAAGGAGAAUUUUCUUUCUCACUCGAAUCAGUAAAAAAGGUUUGGGACAUCCUGGCUAAUGAAGAGUCAACCAAACAGACCAAUCCCUUAAGCGUGUUCAGCGCUGUGACAGUGUGUGAAAACCCACUCCUUCCUGAGGAAUUUCAGCCUCUGUGCCAAAGCAAAAAUGCACAAUUUCAUUUUUCCAGACUUGCACUUCUCUCCGGGAAAAAGGAUGUAUGUGAGAUCUGUGCAUUUGCUGCUUGCACUGGUUGCUGAACAUGACUCAGCAUUAUACUGAUACUUCAAGAUCUAAAAUCUUACUCUUUUUAAAUUCCACUUAUUUUUAUUAGUUUGACAAAUUCAUUAUGCAUACUUGUAUGUAAUCUGUCUCUGUGUUGUAAUCAUUUUUAUCUCCAAUCACUAUUUUAAAAGAACUUCAAAUUCACCUGGAUUAAAACUCUGUUAUGAUAGCUUUAAGAUCUAACACUUUGUGGUAGAAUUUAUGUACAAGUUGUUUCCUAUUUUCUAUGUGUUACUUACUAUCAGCAUUUAUUAUAUAGUACAAACCCAAGGCAAAAUUAAAUAUAAUAGAAAUCUCA